CCGAAACAUAAACCAAACAUUUAAGCCAAAUCUCAAAUAGAGUGAACCGGCGACGGUAAACUCAAGUGGCUCAGAACUAAACUGCGAUCGGCGACUGCAAACGGCUUCUCCUCUCCGGUUAGAAAGUGAAGAUGAAGCUUAGGGUUGUGUAUCGUAAAGUCUCCGAUUACAUCCGUUACGAUCUCAAAGAAAUCGUCUUACCUUCUUCACUUCCUGAUCCUCCUCACGUCGUAAAACGCCGCAAAUUGACCUGGCACGAGCGAUUUCUCGUGUUGAAGGAAGCUUCAAGGCUUUAUGCUGCAAGCUGGGUGCGGGACAUAGGUCCUGAGCUUCGUCCAAAUGAUUACAAGAAGCAGGGUGAUGCUGAGCCUAAAAAACAAGCCAAAGAGACUGAGAAAGAGCCCUCUGUUUUGGAAGAUCUUGCGGUAGCUGCAAGAGGUGGCAUGGAGACUUUAAGGCCUGCUUUACAUCGUGUGUACAUGACACGGGCUUCUAAUUAUAAAGAUGCUCUUUCAAGCUUUAUAAAAGGUUACCAUGAGGGUGUCCAACAAGUUAUGCAGAGUAAAGAAGAGUCUCAAGUCCCUGCAGAUGAACCUGACAAAUCUAAAAAGACUACCUGACUUUUUAGAUUCAUUAUGUGGACGCGAGUAUGUACUUUGCUAGAUCUUGGGUUCUUUGAUUGUACCACUACAAGUCAAAGAUUUCUAUCGAUGGCCUAGUUUUUCACGCACAAUGUAGCCUAUUUGUAAAGCAACCCUUAGAAAACUAAUAUAUUUUGCUUAAAAAUGUUCUUUAUCGAUCCAAGUUCCAGUUUCCGCAGCUUCUUCUUUGUGAGACUGCUCCAAAGG